AUGACUCUUCUCAACGACUUUGCUCCUCAAGACUACGACGAGAUAACCGCCUGGUAUAUCGGCCUGCAGGAGAACCGUGGGGGAGCCUUUAAGACCGGCCCAGCUAAACUCAUGAAUUAUCUGUUGGAUACGUGCAUAUAUUGUCGUAAUGCAGCACUCACCCGCGAAUAUACCGACGACCCAAAAGACUGGGUCAAAGCGUUCUUCGUAGAGUUUUAUACUGCUUACGGAGAGGCGGAUGUGCCUAUGUGUUAUGAAGUGGCGGCGAGGUGGAAGGCGCCUGUGAGGAUCAAGAGGGAGGAGGCCUAG